AGUAAUUCCGUAGCUCCUCACUCAGCCACUCUCCCCCGUCUCCACGCACUCUCUGCAAAACCCCUCCUUCUCACACUCUCUGCUCAAAGCGAAAUCAGCCUGCUUUUAUGGGUUUAAAUUAUUUGUAGUCACUCUCUCUCUCUUCUCAUUUGCUUUCUCUCUCGCCCUUUUUUUGCUGUAGACAAGUCGCUUUUUAUCUGUUCUUCCCUGUCUACCAUUCUCAUCAUGCUCUCAUUUUCUCGCUGACCCUUUUCAUUCCAGUAAUGGAGGCUAUCAGGCUUCUCCCAUUCUUUCUCUUGCUCUCCUCUCAUGUUCUCCUUUACUCCACCAAAGCUCAGAUGCCAGGUUUUAUAAGUUUGGACUGCGGAGGUAAAGAAAAUUUCACAGAUGGCCUUGGCCUAAAAUGGAAUCCUGAUGAUCAGCUCACGUAUGGGGAAACAUCUAACAUAUCUGUUGCAAAUGAGACACGGAAGCAAUAUAUGACACUCAGACACUUUCCUGCUGAUAACAGGAAGUACUGUUACACGCUUAAUGUUAUAAGUAGGAGUAGGUACCUUGUCAGAGCGACUUUCUUGUAUGGUAAUUUUGAUAACAACAAUGUUUAUCCCAAAUUUGACAUAUCCCUUGGUGCAACUCAUUGGUCAACAAUUGUUAUUUCGGAUGCUAGCACGAUAGAGGUCCAAGAGUUAAUAUUUUUGGCUUUAAAUCCUACUAUAAGUGUAUGUUUAUCCAAUGCUUCAACUGGGCAACCAUUUAUAUCUACCCUUGAGCUCCGCCAAUUCAAUGGCUCAAUUUACUACACUGACUAUGAAAAUCAGUUCUAUCUCAGUGUCUCUGCAAGAAUAAACUUUGGUGCUGAUAGUGAAGCUCCUGUUAGGUAUCCUGAUGACCCGUUUGAUAGAAUAUGGGAGUCUGAUUCGGUGAAGAAAGCAAAUUAUCUAGUUGAUGUUGCUGCUGGAACUGUGAAAGUGUCGACCACAGCGCCAAUCGAUGUUGACAGAGAUGAAAGGCCACCUGAAAAAGUAAUGCAGACAGCUGUAGUUGGCAGAAAUGGAUCGUUAACAUAUCGUUUGAACUUGGAUGGUUUCCCUGGUUCUGGUUGGGCAUUCAGCUAUUUUGCAGAAAUUGAAGAUUUGGGUCCUAAUGAAUCCAGGAAAUUCAGGCUAUUUCUCCCAGGCAUGCUUGAUCUCAGCAAAGAUGUUGUUAAUAUCCAAGAAAAUCAAGGAAAAUGUCGUCUUUAUGAGGCAGGAUAUCCCAACAUCUCCCUCCCCUUUGUUUUAUCUUUUAGAUUUGGAAAAACAUCUGACUCUUCCCGGGGACCACUUUUGAAUGCAAUGGAGAUAAAUAAGUAUCUGAAGAAAAAUGAUGGUUGCUUAGAUGGAUCUUUUAUUGCUGGUGUAGUUUCAAAGCUCUCAUCAGCAAACUGGACACAAGAAGGUGGUGACCCAUGCCUGCCAGUCCCUUGGUCAUGGGUGCAGUGUAACUCAGAUUCACAGCCAAGGAUUGUUUCAAUCAAUUUGUCUAGGAUGAAUUUAACUGGGAAUAUCCCUUCAGAUUUGACGAAAUUGAGUGGCUUAGUUGAGUUAUGGCUUGACGGAAAUUCACUGACGGGCCCAAUACCUGAUUUUACUGGAUGCACAAACUUGAAGAUUAUUCAUCUUGAGAACAAUCAAUUAACGGGUGCACUGCCUUCUACUUUGGCAGACCUUCCAAAUCUCAGGGAGCUGUAUGUGCAAAACAAUAAGUUAUCUGGAGCAGUGCCAUCAGGUCUUCUUAGUAACAACCUGGUUUUGAACUAUUCUGGAAAUAUUAAUCUUCAUAAAGGGAACAGAGAAGGGAGCCAUGUUAAAAUUAUUAUAGGAUCUUCAGUUGGGGCUGCUGUUCUGCUUAUAGCUACCAUUGCAUCUUACUUAUUCAUGCACAUGGGCAAGAGGAGAUAUCAUGAGCAAGAGAAGCCUGGGCAUGCCCUGUCAGCUCAAAGGCUAGCUUCUAGCCUAGGUGAUGCUGCGACAGAAGCAGCACAUUGCUUCACUUUAUCUGAAAUUGAAGAAGCUACUAGAAAUUUUGAGAAGAGAAUCGGUGCUGGAGGCUUCGGAAUUGUAUACUAUGGAAAGAUGAAAGAUGGAAAAGAAAUUGCAGUCAAAGUGCUAACCAGUAAUUCUUUUCAAGGGAAGCGAGAAUUUACAAAUGAGGUGACUCUUCUUUCAAGGAUUCAUCACAGGAACCUGGUACAGUUUCUAGGUUACUGCCAAGAAGAAGGGAAAAGUAUGCUUGUUUAUGAGUUCAUGCAUAAUGGAACUCUCAAAGAACAUCUGUAUGCAGGGCCUUUAACACUUGAGCAAAGUAUAAAUUGGAUCAAGCGCCUUGAGAUUGCUGAAGAUGCUGCAAGAGGGAUUGAGUACCUUCAUACAGGCUGUGUUCCAGCUGUUAUUCAUAGAGAUUUAAAAAGCAGCAAUAUUCUUCUUGACAAACACAUGAGAGCAAAGGUUUCAGACUUUGGUCUCUCAAAACUUGCAGUAGAUGGAGCCUCUCAUGUGUCAAGCAUAGUUCGGGGCACAGUUGGAUAUUUGGAUCCUGAGUAUUAUAUCUCUCAGCAGUUAACUGACAAGAGUGAUGUUUAUAGUUUUGGUGUCAUACUUCUUGAGCUGAUAUCUGGCCGAGAAGCAAUUUCUAAUGAAAGUUUUGGUGUUCAGUUCCGCAAUAUAGUCCAGUGGGCAAAAUUGCACAUUGAGAGUGGGGACAUUCAAGGAAUCAUCGACCCCUUGUUGGGUGAUGAAUAUGACAUUCAAUCAAUGUGGAAGAUAGCAGAGAAAGCUUUGAUGUGUGUUCAACCUCAUGGGAGUACGAGGCCAUCAAUAUCUGAGGUUAUCAAGGAGAUACAAGAUGCCAUCUCAAUUGAAAGGGGAGCAGAGGCUACUAGGGAAGGAAACUCGGAUGAUUUAUCAAGAAGUUCUAUUCAUUCUUCCAUGAACAUGGGGGCCCUGGAUGUUGGUCCAACGGAUAAUUACUUGUCAUUAGAUGAGUCCAUUGCACGCCCAAUGGCUCGAUAAAUUCGUGUACAGAUCAAGCUAUUGUUUUCCAAGUCUUUCCUUCUUUCCUUUUUCUUUUCUACCAUUGGGAUUUUUAUAUGUUCGGGACCCUGAAUUUAUGAUGCUGUGUAUAAUCCAAACCCCAACCCAGAGGGAGAGAGUGAGAGAUAGCAAAGAAGGAAGAGGGAAGAAAAAGUUUCUAAUCUUGUAAAGUUUUUAGCUCGCAAAUUAUUGCUUGUUAAUGGUAUGAUGGUUAAGUGUUCAUGGUUUUUACAGCUAA